AUGACCGGCACGCCCGGCGCCGCGGCCACCCGGGAUGGCGAGGCCCCGGAGCGCUCCCCGCCCUGCAGUCCGAGCUACGACCUCACGGGCAAGGUGAUGCUUCUGGGAGACUCAGGCGUCGGCAAAACCUGUUUCCUGAUCCAAUUCAAAGACGGGGCCUUCCUGUCCGGAACCUUCAUAGCCACGGUCGGCAUAGACUUCAGGAACAAGGUGGUGACUGUGGAUGGAGUAAGGGUGAAGCUGCAGAUCUGGGACACCGCCGGGCAGGAGCGCUUCCGUAGCGUCACCCAUGCUUAUUAUCGCGAUGCCCAGGCCCUGCUUCUGCUGUACGACAUCACCAACAGGUCUUCCUUUGACAACAUCAGGGCCUGGCUCACUGAGAUUCACGAGUAUGCUCAGAGGGACGUGGUGAUCAUGCUGCUGGGCAACAAGGCGGAUAUCAGCAGUGAAAGGGUGAUCCGUUCGGAGGAUGGAGAGACACUGGCCAGGGAGUACGGAGUGCCCUUCAUGGAGACCAGCGCCAAGACGGGCAUGAAUGUGGAGUUGGCGUUUCUGGCCAUUGCCAAGGAGCUGAGGUACAGGGCCAGCCGGCAGGCCGACGAGCCCAGCUUCCAGAUCCGAGACUACGUGGAGUCCCAGAAGAAGCGGCCCAGCUGCUGCUCCUUCGCGUGAACCACAAGGGGCUGAGAGGAGACUCCAGAGGCCUCGAAGAUGCCGCCUCCUCCCGCAGAUCUGGUUUAUUCUGAGCAGCUGAGGGAGAGAGUCGGGGGACCCCAGAGCCCAGGGCACGCUCCCAUCUCUGCUUUAGUCCCUGUAGCUUCCCUGCCUCCUGGGGGGAGGGUAAAAUAUUUAUAUUUCAUUUUAAUUAAUUUAAUACCCAAGGAAAAGCACUAGAUAGCCAAGGUAUUCAGCAGUUGACCUGGUGGCCUUUUUGCUUCCAGAAGUAGGUUUUAGGGGGCUGGGCCUCCCUCCAAGCCUUGACCAGGGUGGUAUCCGCCAGUUCAGUGCCGGGGGCUUUAAUGCACUUCUGGGGCCUGAGGGCAGGCAGCCACCUCGUUCCUUCAGCAGGAGAGAGGCUGAGCCCACCCAGCCUGCCGCACCUCCAGCUCCCAGGGGUCAGUCUUCCCCAGUGAGAGGGCCGGUGUGCUGGAGCUGGAACCAAGCCUCAGGGAAGUUGGUAAGAGGAGCAGAUCGGGCGGCCCAGGUCCCUGGGAGAGAGGGAGAGAGUUGCAGAGUCUACCGCUGGUCUGUCAGCUUGGCUCCCUCUGGCCUUUCUACCCCCCCCUCCAGGAAGUGAACCCCUUUUCCUCCAGCAAUAGAGCACACUGGGUUACCUGGGAACUCGUGGUUCCUGUUUUCUGGACCUCAGAUCCCAGGGGAGCCCCUCCUCCCUGAAUCCUUGGUCUUAUUUACCUUUCUGCCUGUGUCCCUGGAUACCUGAGGUCACAGCUAAUCUGUCCCACCUUGGGCAGGUAUGCAGCCCCACAGGCUACUUCAAAGCGCAGUGGUUUUUCUGCAGGGUGGAGGUCCAAAGCGAGAGGAGUCCCUGAGUCCUGGAGCAGGUGGAGGCAGGGCCCACCCCAUUCAGCUCCACUCCCCCCGGGCCAGGCUAGGGAGAGGGAGGGCAUCGGUUUCUGGUAAACCACUGGAUGUGUGGAAAACAAGGUCAUAUGCCUGAGACCGGGGUGGGGAGUGGGGCAGCGAGUUUAUGUGGAGCGAAGGUCACGAGUCUCCCAAAAGCCUGACCCCUCAGCAGCUGGAGGUAGAUUGGAGACGGGCAGGUGACCACCACCUAGAGGCACCUUUACUCCAGCGCUCCAGGCUGGGGCAGGAGAGGCGUGAGGUAUGCGCUGCACAUUUCGGUGGCUACUGCAUUUGCUUUCAAGGCAGAAAUCUUGCACUCAGAGCAGAGUCAGCAGCUCCAACUUAAGUGCGAUAAGGAAGCUCUCCGGCCUCUCCCCGGCAGAGCUGGGAGGAGCCUGACCUUGCCUGGUUCUUCUGGGCCUUAGGCAGGCUGCGGGUGACCCAGUCUCGGAGGCUGCUAGGGACUCUAGGGCGUGUGUUUUGCAGAAUUAAAUUGCAGUAUUUU